UUGAUUGACAGCCCUCCCAGCUAAUCAAAAUCCACCUGGCACGGCACAUUCGCCAAUCCGUGCGGUAGUCCUCUUGCACCGGCAAUAGAAGAUCAAAGAUGGCGGCCCCUACGAACGGGUGCGAGAAAAUCAGCGCGGUUUAUUUCGAGUUUCUCCAUUUCACGCUCUGCGCUCUGAGACACGCCAAAGUUUACUUUCCUCUCGUGUUUCUGCUCGCCCUGACGGCCCUCUGUACCGGAAAUGACGACUUCCAGAGGGACGAGUUUCUUAAGAGGGAGUACUCGCUGGCCAAGCCGUACCAAGGUCUGGGUUCCUCGAGCUCGUCCCACUGGGAUCUCCUGGGCAACGCCAUGAUCACGCCCGAGUACGUCCGCCUGACCCCUGACCUGCAGAGCCGCCAGGGUGCCGUGUGGAGUCGCAUCCCGUUUUACAUUCGAGACUGGGAGCUCCAGGUGCACUUUAAGAUCCACGGCAAAGGCAAGAAGAACCUGAACGGAGACGGCCUGGCACUGUGGCUGACGCGAGACCGCAUGCAAACAGGCCCCGUGUUUGGAAACAUAAAUCAUUUCACCGGCCUGGGCAUUUUCAUCGACACGUAUCCCAACCACGACAAUCAGCACGAGAGGUCGUUCCCGUUCAUUUCAGCGAUGGUGGGAAACGGGAGCGUGGCGUACGAGCACGAUCGGGACGGAAGGAACGCGGACCUGGGGGGCUGCCAGGCGGCCGUGCGUAACGUCGAGCACGAAACGUCCGUCCUGAUCCGAUACAUGAAGAGCACUCUAACGGUCAUGAUGGACGUCGAAGGGAAGCAGGAAUGGAGGGACUGUGUGGAGGUCCCAGGUGUCCACCUCCCCCAGGGCUAUUACUUCGGAGCCUCUUCGCUCACUGGAGAUCUUUCAGAUAACCACGACCUGAUCUCGCUCAAGCUGUUCGAGCUGACAGUCGAAAGAACCCUCGAGGAACUGGAGAACGAGCAGGAAGUCACGGUACCCAGCGUGGACCACCGAGAGAUUCCCGUCGAGGUGGUGGAUAAAGGCAUGAGCACGCUCACCCUCCUCUUCCUGUUCAUCGUCUCGGUGGUCGGCUUCGUGGCCGUGGUCGUGGCGUUCAUCUUCAUCUACGCGCGCUGGAAGGAGCGCAGCCGCAAGCGCUUCUACUGAGGGCCGCUCCAGGAAGUGGCUUCUCACUUCUGCGCCUUGAUGACUUUACCUCGGAGACCCAAGAGCCACAACGGAAAAGAGAGAGAGAGAAAGGGAGUGACCACGGCCUCGUUCCCGAUCCUCUCACUUAUCUAUAAUGAUAAUGCUGUGGAAUGAACUAACCCAAUAUGUGCAUAUGGGUCAGAUUCAAGCCUGAAUUGCAACCUGAGUGUGAGAGUGUGUGUGUGUGUGUGUGAGAGUGUGUGUGUGUGUGAGAGUGUGUGUGUGAGAGUGUGUGUGUGUGAG